AUGUCUUCCAGAACCCAGUCUCCCAGUGGGAGCAGCGACAGCAGCCCUUCUUUGAGGGGGGCCGACUCAGGAUAUGCCAGCGGCAACAACAGUGAGCUGGGACUGCCUGAGGUAUACUUCACCAAGCCUCACCUGAAAUUCCUCAACCGACAAUUGCAAUUCCUCGAACCUCCCGAGAUCAUUCGAUGGUGUAUCACCACCCUUCCACAUCUCUACCAGACCACGGCGUUUGGUCUGACAGGCCUCGUCCAGUUGGACAUGCUCUCCAAGUUGAAGAUCCCUCGCCCUCAGAUGGUUGACCUGAUCUUCAUCGACACCCUCCACCAUUUUUCCGAGACCUUGGAAUUGGUAGAAAAGGUCCGGGCCAAGUACCCUCUCGUCAACAUCCACACAUUCAAGCCAGAAGGUGCCGAGACCGCAGAAGAGUUUGCAGCCAAGUAUGGAGACAAGCUGUGGGAGACUGAUGAGGAGAGGUAUGACUACUUGGCCAAGGUGGAGCCGGCCGAGCGUGCAUACCGGGAACUGCAAGCCUAUGCUGUCCUGACCGGCAGGAGAAGAAGCCAAGGUGGUGCCCGAGGAUCACUGGACAUCAUCGAGGUUGACGAGGCUGGCCUGAUCAAGAUCAACCCCUUGGCCAACUGGAGCUUCCAACAGGUCCAACAAUACAUGAAAGAGAAUGAAGUCCCUUACAACGCCCUUCUGGAUCAGGGGUACAAGAGUGUCGGCGACUGGCACUCGACCCAACCCGUCAGGGAAGGUGAAGACGAGCGCGCCGGUCGGUGGAAGGGCAAACCGAAGAGCGAAUGUGGCAUUCACAACCCGCGAUCAAAGUACGCACAGUUCCUGAUGGAACAGGAGAAGAAAAGGGAACAGGAAGCCUUGGAUCAGGCGUUGCAGAAGGUCCGCAUCGAAACAUGA